AUGUUCUGGUAUGACCCAGGAGUUUCAGGUGCUUGGUGGAACGGGUUGCCAAUUGAUCACUACUUUGACGACAAUGACACUCGUUGGGGAUCGAUGAGGACGAGCUGGACAGACAAUAACGGAAUAUAUGUCGCAAUGAAGGCCAGCAACCUGACUGCACAUCAAACGCAUGGCGACCUUGACUGUGGUGACUUCGUUCUCGAUGCCCUGGGUCAACGAUGGGCUGGAGAACUUGGCUCCGGUGACUACCUCGGAGCUGGCUACUUUAGCAGCGAAGCUCAGAAUAGCGCUCGCUGGUUAUGGUACCGCAAAAUGACAGAGGGCCAAAACACACUGAGCAUUGCUGGUGCAAACCAGAACGUCAAUGCUUUGCCCACCGUCAGAUUCGACACCACCGGGGAAGCGCAGGGACCAUCCACCAUCUUUGAUGCUGGCAGUACCUCGACUGCAUACAUGGUCGCCGAUCUGACCAGCGCCUAUGACGCUGAUGUCAAACGCGGUAUCCGUUUCAUCAAUGGCAGAAAGCAAGUCUUGCUGCAAGACGAGCUUACCAAUGUAAACGCCGUUACCUACUGGCGUAUGCAUACAAAUGCGACAGUGACGAUCGACGGAGCGAAUGCCAACCUCGAGCUCAACGGCAAGAGGCUGCAGGUUCAACUGCUCAAUGCUCCCAAUAACGUACAGUGGCAAACACUCGAACCUGUCCGAACAUCGGAUGCACCACAGCUUCAGACUGGUCAAGACCCCGAUCAGCCGAACCCAGGUGUCACGGUGCUCAGUUUGUCGAUUCCGGCUGGCACGAACACCAUCCAGGUUCUCUUCAAUCCUCAGUGGGACAACUUCUCCAACUUCCAGAAUCCUCCUUCGGUGGCACUCGCAGACUGGUCACUUACAUCUCACUGA